AUUUAAGUACUUAACCAUUAUCAACAGUACGGUCUUUUUAAAUGAAAUUUCAUGCACUAAGUUAUAUAAUCGACCGCUCUUCAAAACUAAUCAAAAUUUGAAAUUGAAUGGCAUUAACAUAAAAACGCUAAUUUUAAAAAGUAAAACCUUAAAAAUAUUGUACAUAUUCUUAAACAAUGAACAUAACUGAAAACGAAUAACCAGCUCUGUUAUAUCGUAGUACGCAUUCAGCGACUUAAAGAUUAAUUGCAAAGCAGCAAGAAGCUAUGGAAAAGGAGACGAGAAUACCCCUACAAGACACCUUGCUUCCAGCUUUAAUGCAAUGCUUUGGAAUCAUGUUUUUAGGAUAUGUUCUUCUUGGAAAAACUAAAAUGUUACGCCCUGUUGAAGCUAAAGGUUUAUCGAUAUUUGUGCAAUAUCUAUCAUUACCUGCUUUAAUUUUUUCUACAGUUUCAACUAUAUCAUUUACACAGAUAAAAUGGGAAUUCAUAGCAUCAGUUUUUGUAGCCAAAACAUGUAUUUUUAUUUCUGUUGCUUUGGUUACUAUUUUAUUAACCCAUCCAUUAAAUCUUGGAAAGGCAGGUAUUUAUGCUAUUGCAGCAACUCAGAGCAAUGAUUUUGCACUUGGUUACCCUCUUAUCCUAUCUUUAUACCAAAACACACAUUCAGAAUUUCCUACAUAUUUGUAUAUAAUAGCACCCAUUCAAUUACUGAUUUUAAAUGGGAUUGGGUUUUUCUUUCUUGAAGUUGAGAAGCAAAACCAAAGAAAUAUCACACACAAAAACUCUAACUGGUUCCAUAUUUUUAAGGAAAUUUUUAAAAACCCUGUAAUCAUUGCUACAAUAAUUGGUUUAUUAUGGAAUGUGAUUUUGGGUAAGAACAUUAGUCCUUUUCUCAGUUAUAUAUUGAAAGCCUUUAGUUCUGCAUUUCCAGCAACUGCUUUAUUAUUACUUGGAUACACCAUGAAUCUCAGAAACAAAGGUUCAAGCAAUAUUUCACUAUCAGUAGCACUAAUAAUUCUUGCAAAAAAUUUAAUCCUUCCACUUCUACUGCAAAGGUUUAUAACAUUUUUAUUGCAAAAUAGCACAAAAGCAGAAAUACAGGCAUUCAGUAGUUUUGGAUUUCUUUAUGGCACAAUACCAACUGCACCAACAGCUUAUGUGUUUGCAACUCAAUAUGAAAGUUGCGUUAAUGCUAUAGCAAAAACAGUUAUAUAUAGUACGCUGAUUUCAGCUCCUGUAAUGUUCUCGACAGCUUCUGUGAUUUCCCUGAAUCAGAUUGGCGUUAAAAAUAUUUCAUUUUACUUGAACUCAACAAUUGGUUAUCUUAGUGCAAUUAAUGCAUUUUGUUGCAUUUGGUUAUUAAUGCUGCUAUGUUUAGGAAAGCGCUGGAGGAAUAUUAACUUUACUGUAAUUAUUUUCUUAGUUUUCACUCAACUUUCAAUUUCUGCUGGUGGUUUAUUAUUAUUAUUCUCACCUGUUAAAAAUUCAGCCCUCUUUUAUGUUCAAUAUAUACUAACUAAUGGAGGAAUAUACGCUACAAGAAUGUGUGCUGUUUUACUUGCAUGUUUAUUAUUCAUUUUUAGAGUUAGGAGUCUUUGCUUUAUUUUACACAUGAAGAAGAAAGUCAAUGCCUUGUCAAUAAUAUUUAGUUUAGUUCUUCCUUAUGUUUUGGCUGCUCUUUUAAUACUUUACAAAAAUGACAAUAACAGUGGACCAAAUUAUCAACUAGGUUAUAUUCAAUACAUUGUAACUUUUGUUCUAACGUUAGUAACUUUAAUUGGGACAAUUUCACUUCUUAUUAUGCAACGGAUAUACUCUAAGAAAGAUCUUCAUAAUCUAAACCAAUAUUCGAUAAAUCAUCAAAACCCAAAUCAUGGAAGAGAAAUUGAACCAAUAGCUCCAAUUUGUUCUGAAAGUGGAGUCAGUGGUUCAAGCUCAAGAUGUUGUGAUAUUGAAGAUAUAGGUCGAAAUUUUCGGCAAUCUGGGUGUUGCGGAAAUGAAUCAAGCAGUGAAAUUCAAGAUCAUGUAUGUAGUGCUGAAUAUUCAUGUAGUGUUACUAGAAGGCAUGAUUGUGCUGCACAAGUGUCUAGAUACAUCAACGAAAACCAAGAAAUUGGAACCGGAAUCAAUGAUAAUCAACAUUUCCCAAAGCAUAUAGGAUUACUCAUUGCAUUAAUUGUAUCAAUGACUUUAAGUUUAUCAAUAUGUUUUUGGAAAUUACUUAUGGAAGCUGUUAAUGGUGUUUUUAUUGAACUUGAAUUUCUAGAUGUUAUAGUAAACUACAGCCUAGGAAUUUCUUUCUUUAUAAUAUUUGGGUUCGAUAAAAGUCUAAUAAAUAUAGUACAUACAAAGUGGAAAAUAUAUUUGAAUAAAUUGUUACCCAAUGAAAUUGAUGACAUAAAUCAAAAUAGCACAAGUGAACAAUUUAUUAUCCACUAUUUUGAAAGAUGUCGAAGAGAAAUAGUUGGAAAAAAAGUUAAAAGUAAUGUUCAGUAUCACAAUGUGUUUGAAUAUAAUAGUAUUAUUGAAUGGAUUUUAAAAGAACGGUUAGUUUCAACAGUAGAAGAAGCUAAGUGCUAUGUUAAGUGUCUUCUAGAAGACCAUAUAAUAGAAAAAGUGUACGAAAAUGAAAAUUUUUUCAAAUACUUGAAUCUACUGAGGUUUACAGAAAUUCAUGGCACAUUAAAUGAGUAGUUUUCUAAUUUGUAUCAUAAUGGGCUUUCUUUUGAAUAUGCUCAAGAUAGGCAUAAAACUAAUGUAAAAAAGUAUAUUUUCUGUGAUAUUUUUAAUUCUAUAAAAAUUUAUCGUUCAAUUCUAA